GCUACGUGAUGACAACAAACAGCCAAGACGGUUUCUCAGGUGUAAAUGGGGAAACGGUUAUGUACUCAACAGAGCACACAUCUGGGUCUCGAAUAUCUCCCCUUUGCUAGGCCCCCACCCGCAGCCUCGUCUCAUAUCCAGAAGGAGUCAAUUAUUCCAUUAUAGACGGCGGAUAUGGAACCCCUUGGCUCAGUCACAACUUAAAUCCCAGUGCUUCUGUCCGGCUGAGAUUACUACCUACACUAUUCUCACGAAACGAAUAAAUGUAACCCGUUCGUUCAAUAGGAUGCUUAUACGGAAUGCUGUUCUUCACAGUCAUAGUCAGUUCACUUAUAUGGGUGACACAAGGGACUCCGUCGGGGAAUCACACUUGUACAGGUGUUGUAAAGCACCCUGUGACAGUUCGCGUGAAUGUGACAGAACCUGUCACCUACCGUACGUAUACCUGGUGCCUUCGUGUCCCACCCAGGUGUUCCAAAUACACCAUCCAACUCCAAGAUCGAGUCAAAAUCCAUACUGAAAUGCAUAAUAGGACAAUAACGGUUUGCUGUAAAGGGUAUGUGGAGAUGGAUUACAAAUGCGUGCCUGCGUGCCCGCCGCAGACCGAUUGCCCCUUCAUGCAUUGUAAUAGAACGAACCACUGCUACUGCACCCCAGGAUAUACUGGUUUAUAUUGCAAUGAUCCGUGCGAAAGAGGAUUUUGGGGUGAAAACUGCAUGAAAGAAUGUGAUUGUCCACCUGGAUACACAUGCCACCAUUUGACAGGUGAUUGCAUGCUUGAUGAUAAACGGCCGCCCUCUAAGACUCGAAGGACUACGACAACGACGACUUCAGAACAGAUUACGUCCACGAUGCCGACGCUGACCACGUCUAUGGAGACAGAAAGUAAAACUGUUUCACCAGUGGUGACUACACAACCGACGACGACGAAUACCGUGUUUCUCACCUCACAGGAAACAACCGUAAAACGGGUCACCGCACCAUCACUCCCUGUCACACCUACGUCUUCCCCAGUUUCUGAAUCGACUAAUAAUUUAACUUUUCUUAUUACGAGUAUGGCGAAAAAUGCUACAACGGACGCUUCAAAUUUUGAAACAUGGAUAACUAGUCAAACCGAAACCGAUAAAAAAGAAACGGCAACACCGAUGAUUACAUCACCUUCCACUGUGCAGAGUACGAUGGUAACUACACGUCCAACAGAUAUCUCUAGUUCGACUUCUACGUCGAUAGUAAAUAAUUCGUCUACUGUUCGAACGAUUUUUCAUUCCACCUAUCCAACUGUUAUUUCCACCUAUCCAACUGUUAUUUCCACAAUCAUUUCUUCAACGUUUGAUAACACCACUCAAGAAAACAAACCAUUUUCAAUCAGUACAAAAAUUUCGACACCCUUCGAGAGCACGAUCAGUCCGAGCACGACGGUCGCUAACACAGUGGCACCUAAUAUAACAGGCACGGAAGUCUCCAAAAUUGUCCAGACUAUGUUUACUACUCCUGGAAUGAUUACUUCAAAAGUCAGUUCGACAACUCCCUUCCAUCAAGCUACUUCUACGUUCACAACUAGUAAUAUCCACAACUAUUCAGUUUUACAAACUGCAGAAACAACUAAAUAUGCUGAUAUGCUCUCAACCCUCCUUGAGCCAGAUCACUCACAUACAAUUAUGACUGAACCGAAUACUAAGGAAACGAACAUUAUCUUUACCAGCACAAGUGUGUCAUCUAUCUCCAAAACGCCAGUCGAUCAGAAUACAACUAAACGACCUCUGAGUACCGAUUUCGAAAGUAAUGAAGAUGGUAUGUUAGAAGGCACUCAGACAAAAUCAACUACUGAAAAAGUACUUUACGAAAAUUUCCCACCUCUCAUCAUCAAUCGAAAAAAAGUAGAAUCAACCCUUGGGACUUAUACGACUUCCUUCCAAAAAGAAACUUUAGACGGGUUUUCUUCGACCAUUCUUCCUUCGUUGGUGCAAAGUCUACCUAAAGGCAACGAAAAAAUCCCCGCUUCUUUCCCUCAUCAACCGAAAACCAAACAAGUAGACAAGGGGGUAAAACUUUUAACCACCACAGACACAAAACCUACAUCAACACCGUUCAUAUUAAGUUCACCCACUUCCUUACAUGUUCCAGUGACGACCGCCAGCGAGCCUACAUCGGAUUUGAUCCAACCUGUACAUUCGCAUGACCCAGCCGUUAUUUCAAACAGCCACGAUUCCAUAACUGCCAAACGCCCUGUCUUCCGAGAGAAGACGACGACCGAGAAUAUCCCGUUUAUCGACUCCAACAAACGUUUGUGGGAGAUUUUUGAAACCGGUCUGAAUUUGAAAACGACAAUGUCACCUGCACGAGUGCUACGAACGACAACCACUACGACAGUGUCACCCACAAAACGAUAUGUUAUCGAAGAUUUGGAGCAAUACGGGAAUCUCGAAAUGCCUAUAAAAAAAUCUCAUGUUUAUACCAGCAAGGCAUCGAGCGAGACAUUAUCAAUUAAAACAACACGACCUGUCCUCGACCUCGAGAAAGAGACCUCUACGGACACACCACAAAUCCUAAAACAACCGAAACACAAAGAGAAGUAUCAAAAGAAACACAAAUCUAAGAUCUACGAUGCACCUUCGACGACCACAACACACCAACAUCAGACGGUUACCGAAAACGUUACUUUCUCAAAUACGGAUGAGAAAUCUCUUCGAAACAAAUCUUCGUAUAGUUUAUACAAACCGACGGAAUCUCUGAUAGAAUCUUCAAAAACCACCUCCAACGAUAAAGAGGCAGAGUUGCCCGCAUCCUCAGAAAGUACGUCGAAUCCUACGUCCGCUCGACCGUCUCACACGUGGUAUUCUCACGCUAGAGAAAAGGCGAAAAUCAAGGAAGCGUUGAAAUCCCUGAAGACGACGAGCCUGUUGGACAACUCAGUAAGGCCGACAGCGGCAUUUGACAACGACUCCAAUGACAUCAACAUGAUGCAAACCUCUUUCACAGAAGGGAAAAACUUCAAAGAGGCAGAAGACGACAAAAUAAAGGAGCUGUACCUGAAAGAAAAUACUAUCAACAUGACAAGGACAGAAACCCAAUAUCCGCCGUCGAAAAUAACGGCAGUGAACGAGAGUCUGUUUUCAUUCGAUUCCAGCACGUUCACCCUCAACAUCCUAUGCGCUCUGAUGUUUGUCGUUGUCAUCACCUUGUUAUGGCUCCAUCUGUCAAAAAAGCGAAAAACCGGGAGGGUUUCGCCCGAUAGGCGUACAACGGCCAACACGUCCCAGGAAGAGACGGUCAGUCCGACGUACGAAACCGUCUUCCCCUUAAAUCAAUGUCCAGAAUCGUUAGAAGCGUCGACAUUUUUCGGUCCAAUAUUAACAACCUACUAUGCUGACAGGAUCAAUAGAGGACUCGCGGAAAUGAAUUACGAUCACCCACGGUCGAGCAAUUUCAACCAGCAAUCUGCGCCAUACGCGGAAGCCCAGUUCGAUUAUUUUUAAUUUUGGAAUUAUUUAUUACUAAUAUGUUUUAUUUGUAAAAAUGUUUUAAGUAUAUUUUAUUUGUACUUUUUUUAUUUGAAUGCAAUAAGUAAAAAUAAUUGAGUAACUCCUGAUAUUAUACCAUGUACAAUUAUUUAUA